AUGGCGGAGGCAGAGGACAUCUUGGACAAAGUGUGGGCCUUCGCUUGCCAUGUGUUUCCAGUGCUCUUCGUCGCGAUCAUCUAUGGCGCUGUCAAGCGUUACCCUGUCCCUGAUCGCUUUUGUGCGGUUUUUGCUUGGUAGGUUUGCCAUGCAAUAUCAGCAGAAGCAAGCUGGGCUCAGGAAUGUUGAAUAGUGCAAGAUGAUUAGCAGGUGCGAACUCUGUUUGCGCGGUUUGUGAUGGAAGAUUGAAUGGCAUAAGGAAGCAGAAGUGUAGACUCUCUGUGUGACAAGUUUAGCAUGGAUCUCUGAUGUGCUGUUCAGCGCAAAAUAGGUAGCUCUAGCUUGAUCGUGCGUGCAAAAUGUCAAAAAAGAUUCUGUGUGAAAGAUCAAUAAAGAAGCCAGCACCCGCACCCCCAGCGAUCAAUAUAACGCUUGAAAGCACCAUAGUUUCCUCCUGCAUGAUGUGGCAACCUUGUCGUGGUCCUGGGACCUCCUGGGAAGCAUCUUCCUCUUGGCGUGUGGAGUCGCGCACCUGUAUCUUAUCGAACGCACAUACUGGCUAGAGCUUUUAUUCAUGUGCAAACGCUCCUUAACCCGUAAGUAGAGUGGCUGCAUGUUCGCGACUUCUUUCAGAGAGUCUACUUUCGCACCAAGCCGUGUCCCCAUCUGUCAGGCUUUAAUGAACAGUCGCACAGCCAAUCAGAUAGAAGGGCUGGCGUCUCUUUGACAACUGCCGGUAUGGCACAACCCCGCUCGAAGUGAGCUUGAUGCGAUCCAGCACCAGAUGCUGCAGUGUUGUAGUGAACGAAGAGCACGCAAGAAACUUACACCCGACGUUUCGCCGCUUCGCAAUCUUCCCACAUUCUCGCGGGGUAAGAAAAGUUGCGCUGAAUAACGGGAGUGCAGGAACGUAGUUUGUGAUCUCCCGCGCAAGGAUUUGCAGAAGCUUCACACCGCGACGAAAACUCGGGAGUCGCAGAAACCAAAACAGGACAGCCGGGAAACAAUCGUCGAGAGCAUCAUUGAGCACGUCGCGCCGGCAGUUUCUACAGCAGCAGCUGGUCUUUGCCGUUCGCUUCGCUGGAGUGGGUUGCUAACAGGACUUUUUUUUGGUCUGGCUGCCCGGCCGUUGCUCAACUUUGUCGUUUUCGUCGCUGUAGCGUGGCUGCAGGCCUCCGACGAUGUGCCGCCAGCGACAGGGGGCGCUGGAACCAACUCCACUAACUAUUUCCGCUAUUUCGAUGGGGAGUUUGGUAAGCUGCAUAUCGGAUUAAACAGCAGUACCCGCUCACGGUGUCGAAAAGCUGCGAAGUACGGUUGUAUGUGGCGUAGAGUCACUGGCCUGCGUUUUAUUGCGAGAAGAUUAAGUAGGAUAAACAAAGAUUUCUUAUGCGUUGCCAAAGUUUACGUGGACUCGGACUGUUCUUGCAUUUCCUAUAAUGCUUUCUCUUGUAUCACAAACAGGCAAAAGAUAUGGCGUAAUUGACAACAGAACAACUGGCUAUUUUGUUCUGGCAAUGCCACGCCUUCGUGCGGGAAGCUUCAUAAUACCCAACGGCGCUCUCAUUGAUUCUAGUUCUACGCCAGAUUUAUACAAAAAACCAGUUCGCAAGAAUCAGAAUUCAAGUGCACUUCGUGGCAGGAGAUGUAAUUCGUGCCUUGGGCGGGCAAACCUUUUUGAACGCGAUGCAGCCACUUGGGGAGCAGUUCGGAAACGAGACGCACGACUUCCAUGAUGGCACACAGGAGAUGGAUCCAAUGCUUGAAGUGGAGGCGCGCAUUCAUGACUUCUUCGCUUUGCUAAAGGCAGCGUCGGACCGAAGUUCUAUCAGGUGUAAAAAUGUCUGGGUCUGGAUGAAAUAUGCAAGAUUUGUGAUGCAGGUUUUCCAUGACACAUGAGGUCUGCGUCUGGAGUGCGAGGCCGGGCAUGACAGAUUCUUGGAGGUCUCUAACUCUAUCAUGCCUUUCCUGCAUGAGAAACUCCCUCUCAACUUGGUCAAAAGCGGACAGCUUUUGGUACUCACGCAAAAGAGAUUUUGCAUCAUUCAGAUUUAGCAUGACAAGUUCUAAUCUUCCAGACCCAGACAUUGAUACAUUUGAUAAGUUCGCUUCUGGAACAAUUGAAAACGGCUCGGCUUGCCGUUAUAGCACAAUACACAGUCUCUGGGACGACUGGACAAAACAUGCCCGCGACGGCAUCAUCCUGGUCUAACGUGUAUCAGCAAUUUAACGCCCCCUGGCUCCUGCCGAACACCAAUACCACAGCACUGGCAUUGUUACCCUGUUGAGAGUUGCCCGCUUCGCAACAACUAUACAUGCUGUAGCUGCAAUCCACCUCUUACAGCCAUGCGCCAUGGGGUCACCAGUCCUGGUGCGAGCACAUUAUGUGCUCCCUCGACGGCUCGCCGUCGCGCCUUGAAUCAGCUUAAGCCAGUGACGAAUGAGUGUGCGGGAGGCAAAAAAACUGCAGCAGCAGCAGCAGUAAAGUGGUUUUAUAUAAAGUAAUUGUAUUUGCACGGUUAUUUUUCAUGAUUUCUUUUUUCCACACGGCAGAAGAAGGGCCGGCUCUUCUAAGUCAGCCUGUGUGCAGAGCAUGUUUACGCCUUCAAAAAGAAAACGCAAAAAAAUGGCGCGGCGCACAUUCUUGAAAAAACCAAAAAAGCCUUCGGCUUUGGUCUUCUGAAAGCGCGACCCUCCCUGAAGGUGAUACCUCAGCCACUUCAAAGCUGGCGAAUUUUCAACGUUCAAAAGCGCGCACGGCCCGCGCCAAUAGGAUCAAACGCAAGAGACGCCCGAAGGAAGGUCAGACCCUUCUGAUUCUCGUUUCCCUUUUUUUCCAGAGUCUGUUUUUUUUUUCGUCAACCAAAAAAGCUGUGACCUUCUUUAGAGACUCGUGCUAGUCUUCGGAAGGGAGAUCUACUGUUUCUGUAGGGGUUUUUUGGCCAUGAGUCAGCGGUUGACUUUUCUGUACAGUUGGCAUCUUCUUUCGAAGCUUCUGAGUGAAGCUUCAGAAGAUGCGUUUUCGCUGCAAAAUAGCAGCUCAGGUUGGACCAGCUGGGGGUGGAGGCUAGACACGGUGACGCCAUACCCCUCUCGAAAUUGCGCCUCUCCCAUGCGAAACUGUUCCUGGGUGUCGCUUGCGUUUCGUCUAUUCGAAAAUUCCGCCUGCCCAGGCGUCCGCGCUGAAAACAAAACUUCCAGAGAAUUGCAAGCGCAGUCAUAAUACCUCGAGUGAUAUCUUCUGUGUGGAGCGGGGCCGCGAUUACGUUAUGCGCCGCACUAGUCGCGCGAAAAUUAAAAACCGCCGAAAUAGUUACUUCACAGCAAUAAAAAAAGGAAGAUCGGCGCACGCUUUUCCCUCUUGCAGACCUGCCUCGAUUUCAUCUCGUGGCCAUGUCUUUUUCUCAAAUUUUGGCACGCCCCGCCGACAAGCACCACUGCCACCUUCGGAUAAGUUGGGGCACCGUAACGACGAACUGCGUGCCGCCGUAUUCUCCGAAAAAACGACGAAACCGAAAAAAGGAAGCGAAUACAAACUCUACCUCUUUUGCUAUUUAUGACCCGGCCCCGCCCGGAAGUGGUGUUGCAGCUCAGUAUCUAGUUCACAGCAAUGGCAAGUCUCCCCUCAAUAUCCGCCGAUGGAAACUACACUGCCGCCGUUUUAUGCAGCUUGUAAGGACCCCCUGCCAGCUUUUCUUGAUGUAGGUUUUGGCCGGGUGCCAAUCGAGCCCAAGGCAAAGUGAUCUUGUCGCGUCCGAGUCGGGGUCCGGUCGUUGCACACGCUGGCCCCAGCCGCCGGAAGGCCAACGGAGGCGGCACGUCCGUGUCGUGAAUUGCAUUGCAGAUCGCACUACGACUGUAGCACGCGUGCGUGCGCUGAAUUCAUCUUUGACCCGGGUCAGUGGCCUGGCCGCCUUCGAUUAUUGUGCGCGGGGCCGAAGAUAAACAUUCUUGGAGGAACUAAAUAAGCAUACUAAACUUCUACUAAACUGGUGCAACUCAAAAAGGAAACCAAGAGCCACUCCUUCCCGCACAGAGCGGCGACAUACUCAUCUCCUGCCCGCACAGACUCUGUAGGGCGAAUGUGGUGAGCCCUCAGCCCAGAGCGCGACCAAGAUUGCCUGCUCUGUGGCCCGAGCCAGCCGGAAUGAGCACCUCGCCGUGUUGGUCCGCGAUUCUGUUGUGGGCGAACCCCUGCAGCUGUCGAAGGCGAAGGCGGUUGCAGCUCCCCGUGUUUUGUUCCCUUUUGUCAGUGCCAGCACUAUUGCCGCCGCGUUGACUUGGGUCCGCCGCGCGCCGGCGUGUACGAGCGGUGGAUAUUCGAACACAUCGCAGCCCACGUGCGACGCAGGCAUACCUACUUCAGCGCACUUAAGUUCGUAUGGCUGACUGAGUCAAGCGCGCGCACGGACUAAGGCGAAAAUGUUCGAGCGAACGACGCCCCGCGCAGGUGCCCUGCGUCGCUCCGGAUUUAACAAGCUUCUGCGAUGUUGCCUCCACCCUUUGCCGCGAGAACAAAAGGCCGGCCAGUGUGCCCCACCCGAGUAGCCGCCCUCAGGAGAAAAUGUAGCGGCGGGCAUGCGACACCGCCGGCGCGCUCGUUUUCGCAAGAUUGUGGCGUGCGGUGGUCGCGCUUGGGCUUGCGAGUGGCAAAAGCGCGGCCCACUGCAGCGGCGCUGCGCACCAGCAUCGUUGCUGCGGGCCGGGGCGCGCUCUGAUGUGCUGCGCCCCCCUCGGCUUCGCGCCCGCUCCCACCUUGGCCGGUAGGUUGUGUUUUUUGUGUAUAUGCAAGGCCGCCCCGCCCCCUGGGGCACGCUCGUGCCGAGACCCCGGCACAUGAGUCAAAGUAUCAAGAAUGAGCAGGGGGCCCUUUUCCUUGCUCAUAGUUGACUUCCCGCGCCAAGCUGUAGCACGCGAGGAUCCAUAGGCCUUGCGGCCUUUCUCCGGUGCCAUCGGUACAAAGCAGUCAUCCGCAGCUAUCGACUUCUAUGAAUGUGCAGAGAGCCCUGCAAACCUCAGAAAAGCAUGAGUCGGCCCCGCAUACAGCUGCGCACGUUGCAGAGAAGUACAGUGCAGCUGGGUGCUUUUUUUAUAUGUGUGCAGGCUGGAGAAAGCAACAUCCACAAGAGCGCCGCUGCUGGGGUUGCGGGCUGUUUGCCUUGUAUUUUUAGUAGACAUGGUAGCGGCUCAGCGUGUUGGCCUCAUGUCCGCCGCCUAG